AUGGAGGAGGAGCAGCUGGUGCACCAGUUUGACGACUGGGACUGGGACGACAAGGGCAAGCGCCCGUUGUCCGAGGAGGAGGAGGAGGAGGAGGAGGCGGCGGUGCAGGCGGCAGGGGGUGCAAGCGGGAGCGGCGACGGCGCGGGGAGCAGCGGCGCGGCGGGGGAGGAGGAGGAGGAGGCCGCGCCGCAGAGCCCGCGCGGCUCUGAGCCAGGCGACCUGACUUGUGCCAUCUGCCUGGGCGGCAUUCCUCUGGAAAACAUGGCCCUGGUCAAGGGCUGCGACCACAUGUACUGCGCCACCUGCAUCCUGCACUGGGCGCUGCACAAGGAGGAGCCCUGGUGCCCGCAGUGCAAGCAGCCCUUCUCCUACCUCCUCACCUACCGCUCCCUGGAUGGAGGGCUGAAUGUGAGCCCUGUGCGGGACUUUCCCGCUGAGGAGCCGGUGUGCCUGCUGAAGCGCGCGCCCUGGUUUGAGGAGCACCUGCGCUUUGUGGACCGGGGCAGUGCCAGCCUGGUGGAGGAGAGCCGGCUGGCAGACCAGAUGGCCUGGCAGGAGUAUGCGGGGGAUUACGACCUGGGAGAGGACGAGGAGAUCGAGUCCUUCUACUUCUCCUCAGCCGCAGGCCGCGCGCGUGUGGUGCUUGGCAACCGCCGCUACGGCGAGGGCGGCUUCAUCAGCGGCGGGCGGCGCCAGGCGCGGCCUGUAGUGGAGCGCAAGCGCAGCAACAAGAUGGGCAAGGCCGGCGAGCACGCGGUGGUGGGCACGCCGCCCGUGCCCCCCGCCCCCGCCAACUUCCGCACCCCUAACGCCGGCGGCGGGCGCAAGGCGCGCCCCGGCAGCGCGGGGACCAGCAGCAGCACCCCAGUGCCCUUCCCCACUGGCGCCGCCGACUUUUACGGCAGCUCCCCCGGCGCCUCUGGCGGCGCCGCCAUCUACGGCAGCAGCCCCAGCGGCAGCGGGCGCCGCGCGCGCCGCAACGCUCGCCGCGCCGCCAUGGAUGCCGGCCUGGAGGCGGCAGAGGGCAGCUGGGGCAGCCGCGGCUGA